CUCGAUAAUGCAGCGCUGCAUUGUCUUGUUAGUGUGGUGUUACAGCUUGCCGCUUCAGUCCUUACUUCACUUGCUUUACUGUAUACACAAACUGCAACGUGCUGAGCUGAUUGAGACAAAUGCAAGCCCUUCGGAACCGCGUGGAGGCGCCCUGCAGCACCAGCAGCCGGUCCUGUAGCCAUGUACCAGUGCGGCGGCCUGCCACUAGCCGUCGUGCGCUGCACAUUGUCGCAGCGCAGUCGACGCAGCCCUACUGGUACAGUGCUAAGACCAUCACGCCUCCCAAGAAGGGCAAGCACUUCCUGCACCUAGACGACUUCUCUAGGGAUGAGCUGCUUGACAUGCUGGAGAAGGCGAAGCUGUGCAAGGCAAAAUUCUACACACGUGACGAGUCGUUCAAGCCGUUCGCGGGCCAGACUAUGGCGAUGAUCUUCACUAAGCCUUCGGCUCGCACGCGUGUCUCAUUUGAGACGGGCUUCUUCCGCCUGGGCGGCCACGCGCUGUACCUGGACCCCAACACCAUCCAGCUGGGCAAGCGCGAGCCCACCAAGGACAUUGCCCGUGUGCUGUCCGGCUACAACGACGUCAUCAUGGCGCGCCUGUUCGCGCACGCCGACCUGCUGGAGCUGGCCGAGUACAGCUCCGUGCCCAUCAUCAACGGCCUCACAGACUACAACCACCCCUGCCAGAUCAUGGCGGAUGCGCUGACGCUGCUUGAGCGCAAGGGCCGCGUUGAGGGCACCAAGGUGGUGUACGUGGGUGACGGCAACAACAUCGUGCACUCAUGGCUGCGCCUGGCCACCCGGCUCUCGUUCGAGUUCGUGGUGGUUUGCCCGCCCGGCUACGAGCCCUGCCAGAGCACUGUGGAGGGCGCGCGGGCGGCGGGCCUGUCGUCCAUCACCGUCACGUCGGACAUUAACGCGGUGAAGGGCGCGGACGUGAUCUACACGGACGUGUGGGCGUCCAUGGGGCAGAAGGAGACCAUCGACGAGCGCAAGAUUGCGUUCGCGCCGUAUCAGGUGAACGAGAAGCUGAUGGCGCUGGCGGGCGCGCAAGCGCUGUUCAUGCACUGCCUGCCGGCGGAGCGCGGGCUGGAGACCACGGACGGCGUGAUGGAGAGCCCGCAGAGCGUGGUGUUCCAGGAGGCGGAGAACCGCAUGCACGCACAGAACGGCAUCCUCUUGCACUGCCUGGCGGCCACCAAGAACCUGUAAGGAGCACCUGGGUGGCGGCAGCAGCAGCAGCAGCAGCGAUGGCAGCAGCGGCGGCAGCGGCGGCAGCCGGCGCAGGCUGUGAGCAGCGGCGUCUUCUUGCAGUGAGCAAAAUCAGGAGCAGGAGCGGGAGUGGCUUCAGGAGAUGGAGGACUGGAGCAAGUUGGGCGGCGGCACGGCACUAGCGUCGGCGUGGGCGCCGGAGUUGCCGAGCAGGCGGUGCAGGUUCUUCCGGGGCACUGGAUGCCUGCGCAGCGUCCGGCGUGAUGUGGAGGGGUGCGGCGGCUAGCGGAGGGUGCGAGGUGCUGGGCGCGAGGGGUUGCAUGAUGUCGACCGCGCCUAUCUGCGCCUAUGUGCUUGUGUGCCUGUGGAAUCGCAACUGCAAGGUUGCAGUAUUAUAUGGUGUUGUGAGUCCAUGUACAAGGAGCGUGGGUAUGUGGGCUGGGCCCGAGCUAGCAGCGAAUGCGGGCUGGUGUCGCGGUACGGUGAACGAGAAGAUCAGUUACGGAAAGAUUGACGAGUGACGGCACUGCCGUGGGCAUAGCGGCCACCCCAGAAUCUGGAAUGGCCUGGCCAUGAUUGUAGGCAUCGGACUCAUGCGUUCGAUAGGGCAUUCGGUACCGCAUACGAGAGGCAUACUGCGUAUGAGCGAAUAAGCUGCCAGGAUGGCGGGAUGGGUUGGGGUUGGGUUAUUGCAGACCGAGAUUGGACGGCGGCAAACCUGAGUGUUUGACCAGUCGAACUGAGAUUUAACGGAUCAUGGGAUUCUGUGGAGUAACCUAGUCUCAUGACUCUCAUCCGCUGGUACAUUGUACUUUGCGUAGAAGCAUUUA